UUUUUACUAGAAUCUAAACACUGUUUUUAAAAGGUUGGAUAAUUUUGUACAUGGAUUUGCUUGUCUGAUAUCUGAAGGAAAGCGGUUUCAGGAUAUUUUGCAGUGGAUUAUUCAUACAAAUUGAUGAAUUAGAGGGAAAGUGACUGCCAUGACGACAGACGAGGCUGAGAGCGUGCAUAAACAACAGGUGUGCGAGCAGCAGCAGGAAGAGGAGGACCCUGCUGCUCAGGAGCAAGGCCCCACUGACACAGUUCAGGAGAGCCCCUCUGGCACCUCGCUUCCCCGCGUGAGCUCAGAGGAAGAACAGCAGCUGAAGCCUCGGCAGCGCACAUCCGCUGGCCGCGGUCUCUCUCGCCUCUUCUCCUCCUUCCUGAAGCGCCGCUCACAGUGCUCAGAGGGUGAGGGAGAGGAGACCGAGAGGACCCGGGAGAAGGAAGGCCACAACGAACCCAAAGCUCCCAUUGCAGACCCUGAGCCGGAACUACGCUUAGAGGGUGAUGUUGCACUAGACCAGCACUCGAUCAGUAGUGCUGAAAACCAGCAAAUCAUAGCAGAUCAAAAGGAAGACGCAGAGCUGGAGUCAGGAAAGGGUGAAAAGGGGGAGAAGGGGGAGAAGAAGGAGAAGAAAGACAAGAAAGAGAAGGAGAAGAAAGCGAAAAAGGAGAAGGCAGAUAAAGAGAAGACGGAGAAGAAAGAGAAAAAAGAAAAGGGAGAUAAAGAGAAGACUGAGAAGGAGAAAAAAGAGAAAGCAGAGAAGAAGGAGAAGGAGAAAAAGGAGAAGAAGGAAAGAAAGGAGAAAAAGAAUGAGAAAAAGGCUAAAGCAGCAGAGGUAGAGAAAGAAGAGCAAGAGACAGUAAAAGAGCAAGCAGAGGAAGAGCCCAAAGCAGAAGAAGCGGGGACAGCAGAAGCUAAAGGAAAGGAGGAAGAGGAAAAAGAAGGAGAGAAAGAGGAGGAGGAGAACACAGCUGAGGAGGAGGAGAAGAAGCAGAAAGCGUCUCGCCGUCCCAGGAUCAUGCACUGCAAAGUCAAACUGCUAGAUGACACUCUCUUCGAGUGUGAGCUUGACAAACAUGCCAAAGGACAGGAACUGUUCGCGAAGGUGUGCGAUCACCUUAACCUGUUGGAAAAGGACUAUUAUGGGCUGGCCAUAUGGGAAACACCGUCUGUAAAGACGUGGCUAGACUUUGCCAAGGAGAUUAGACGGCAAGUACAAGGCACCAACUAUGAUUUUACAUUUAAUGUAAAGUUCUACCCACCUGAUCCGGCUCAGCUAUCAGAGGACAUCACCAGGUACUACCUAUGUCUGCAGUUGCGGAAGGACAUUAAGAGUGGGUGUCUACCAUGCUCUUUUGUGACUCUGGCCUUGUUGGGCUCUUACGCCCUGCAGUCUGAGCUGGGCGAGUAUGACCCAGAGGUCCACGGCACUGACUAUGCCAAGGAGCUUCAAUUGAUUCCAGGUCAGACCAGAGAACUUGAGGAGAAAGUAAUGGAGCUGCACCGCACAUACAGGUCUAUGAGCCCAGCUCAGGCUGAUAUGAUGUUCCUGGAGAACGCCAAAAAACUUGCAAUGUAUGGGGUUGACCUGCAUCAGGCAAAGGAUCUGGAUGGAGUGGAUAUCAUGUUGGGCGUCUGCUCCAGUGGCCUGAUGGUGUAUAAAGACAAGUUGAGGAUUAAUCGUUUCCCAUGGCCAAAAGUUCUCAAAGUCUCCUACAAACGGAGCAGUUUCUUCAUCAAAAUACGCCCGUCUGACUUGGAGCAUUAUGAAAGUGCCAUUGGCUUUAAGCUGCCAAACUACAAGGCUGCCAAGAAACUCUGGAAAGUUUGUGUGGAGCAUCACACAUUCUUCAGGUUAACAUCUACAGAGGCAGCCACCACUCCCAGGAAGUUUUUGGCUCUGGGAUCAAAGUUCCGUUACAGCGGCCGAACUCAGGCCCAAACCCGUCAGGCCAGCUCCAUGAUUGACAGACCUGCCCCCCGUUUCCAGCGCUCGUCCAGUAAGCGGGCAUCACGCAGCUUAGAUGGAGCCAUGGUUUCGACCCCGGAUAAGAACGCUCGUCCUGUCAGCGCUCCCAUCAUGUCUCCCAUCUCCCUGGGCGAUGCGGCUCCCUGUCCCGUGGUGCCAUCAGCAACCCGCACAGACCACAAAGAGACGUCCACGCCCACAGGUCGUCCACGGUCCACUGAGAGAAAAAGUGAGAUGAAGACGGAGACUCAUGUGACUGACAGCUCCAAAACACACAGCACCAAAGUGGAGGGCACACCUGAAGUAAAGAAGGUAGCUCGGCGAGAGCGGCGCCACCGUGAUGCCCCAGUGGUGACGGCCACCAAUGGGGAGAGAAAGAGCCAGUCACCACGGACGGGCACAGAAGUGGUGCGCAUGAGGAAGAAAAGACCUAAGAAAAUUGAGGGUGAAACUCUUUAUAUCAGACAUAGCAAUUUAAUGUUGGAGGAUGUGGAUAAGACACAGACGGAGAUCAUGCGCCAUCACACCAGUAUCAGUGAGCUCAAGAGGAGUUUCAUGGAGUCGGUUCCGGAACCACGGCCCAGCGAGUGGGACAAACGUUUGUCAACUAACUCACCAUUCCGCACCGCCAGCAUCAAUGGACAGAUGCAGCCUUACGUGAAGACGCCCCCUCUCUUACCCAUACACAGAGUAGUAGGGGGUAUAUCAGAGUCUUGUCCUGGAUCCCAGUCUUUUCCUCCACUUCUUUCCCCCACAUCUAUAUUUCCACCCCAGUCCUACUCCCCACAAGCAGGAGUGUCCAGUAAAGCCCCAAAAGCGACUCGCCAGCCAGCCCCACGCCCUUCCUCUGCAGAGGCCUAUUACAUCAUGUAUCAGUCCCAAACCUAAACACUCUUCAACACCACAUUACUGACAUUCUCUAACUGAAAGCCUCACGCUAUGUAAAUCUAGAAGAUAACACACUUUUUAAGCAGUUCAAUGCAUUUUAUAGAUCAUUUCCAAAAACACAUGCACUACAGUAUGUACAUUAAACUGAAUUAAACAUAAGAGAAUUUUAAUAAUUCUGCUUACAAUUUCAACAGUCAUGGUUGAAUGUGUAUCUUUAAAUACACAUUGGUGUGUGAGCAACCAUUUGGCAACUACCCUUAUUUAGAAAUAAAGGUCACAUAACACACACUGUUUCUGCUAAUCUCAUGUUAUGAGUCUUUGGUUUUAUUAGAUUUAUAAAAGACAGAUCAGCUGUACUGCUACUUUCCGUUAAGAGCCGAGCUCCAGGAUGUGUACCACGAGCAGGCAACACAUACAAAACAUGAUAUCACUAUCUCUGGAUAACUUACUAUAACUACAUGUUCAUGUUGUUUACAUUAUAUACACGUAUGUGCCGAUUGCCAAUAAAACAGACCUUUGAUGCAGUUUUACUUACCGCCUGCGACUUAUGAUCUAGUUGUUUUAUUACUGGGACUACCCCAUUUCAACAAAUACAGCAUAAAAUAAACACACUUGCAAAACUCUGCUUCUAUCCCCCGGAUAAACAAACUAUAUCUAUUGUUCCUAUAAUGCCCGGUUAUUUGGGAAACUGAACAAGCUUAAAUUUCUCUCAUUAAAGGUGACAUAGAAUGAUUGAACGGGGUAUUUAUCCUUGUUCUGUGAUGUGACAUGUAGACAAACAUUUUUUUUGUUUGGGUCUGUAAUGCCUUAGAAGCUUCCUAAAAACCUCUCUCAGAUACCUCUAUUAGGGCGUGGGAUUUUAAACAAGUGGUUUUGCACCUAUUUGGCUCCCCCUACUGGCUUAACUUGCAAUCUCAUUACUGAUUGGCUGACUUUGCUGCCACUCAAAAAAUGUAGCCAAUUAUUUUAAAGUGGAGGGGCAGUUAGAUGCCUGUGAGUCAUAAGCAUCAGUUUUUCAGAUUGGGCAGAUUGGGUUUUCUGGCUGACAUUUCUAAAAGAGGAAUUUCUAUGAGACUGAGAUGUUUAACAUGUUUAGCACUUUUUGUAUGUUUGUGAAUGCGGGUAGACUACCAUUAUUCAACAAAGACCAGGUAAAAAUGGUUUUUCAUUCUCUGUCCCCUUUAACAACAACACACUUCUUUAAUGACGUUAAUUUCAUGUCAGCUCUUGGUUUGUGUGUGCGUGCGCUGUUCUGGGUGAAGUGCUCAUAUAAGGACUUCCACUGUACUCUCUGCACUGCUUACGAAGCAGAUUCAGUAGUCGAUUCAAUCUUUCAAAAACCUUUCUGAAACAAAUCAGGACGAGUUGAAUUCCUGUCCUACUUGGCACAUUGGGUUUUACAUUUACGUGUCUGGCAGAUGCUUUUACCCAAAGCGACUUGCAGGUGCAUUCAAGCUAUACAUUUUAUUACUGUGUUCUCGGGGAUGGAACCUACAACCUUUUGAACUCAGUACUCUACCAACUGAGCUACAGGAACACUGUUCUGUUUCUGUUGGGGUGUAGUACACAUCUAUCUAGCCCAUGAAUAACAUGACAUACUCUUCUAUCUGAUAGGGCACUAAGUAGUUGCCAAACCAUUUUAUAAUGUUACUUUGUUCGUGACUGCUAUAUUUACACUGCCUUAAUGUACUUGGAUUGCUAUCAGGUGAACAUACCGUCAACACCAUAAAAGAUUUACAGGCCUUUGCCACACCCAGUUUUGGUGUCCUCUCUGCUCACAUCAUGAGCCUAAUACUUCAAACCUACCCCGAAUUCUACACAACCACUCAUUCGCAUCUCUUUCCCUAUUAGUCUAUCUUUUCUCAUCUCUCCUCCCCCCAAUCCCCCUCCACUCGCCUGUUCAUUGUUCUCUGUCUCUCUUGAUGUCCCGUUGCUCCGCGCAGAGGUGGAAGCAUGCGACAGACACGCCGAGGAGAGAACAGGUAAGAGUCAAGUGGGCAUCCGUGUUGGAGGCGCCUACACUCCUGCAGUGUAUGGAGGAGGGUGAGGAUGAUGUUAGUAUCGAAGACAGAAUCAUUGAGGCUCGGGACCAAAUCUCAAUAGCUGUGUCCACAGAAGAUAAGUGGAGUGCCACCAGAGUCUGCCAGCUGUACCUGGUGGUUCUGCAUCACACCCAUAUCUCGGUUCUGCUGAGUGGCCUGCUGGUGGCAGCACUGAUAUUGUGGUGGCUGGUCUUCCUUUGAGAGACAACUAAGAAGAAACAGACAUCGGGGAGACUUUUCAGACAAAUCCGAGUGUGGAUUUUGAGACUAUAUGGAGGAAAAAGAGAAAGUGUGGACCUCAAAUUUACUCUUUCCCUGUGUCUCAAUUCGUUCCCUAUCUCCCGAGGUCAUGAAUUAGUAUAUCAUGUAUGCAGGUUCGGGCACUGGUAAGGACUCUAGCUCACUUGACAUUGGGACACUGUACACUUAUUUUCCUGUGACGUUGCUGCUUAAGCGUAUUGUGAUAAUUCACAGCUCUUACUCGCCAACAACCGGCAAAACCAACAUCUCUCUAACUUCAUUUUUAAACAGUAAAUUGUUAAAAAAAAAAAAAACGCUGUCAUUAUUAUCUUACAUAUCCAUGCAUAAAAUUGGAGGCAUAUAAUAACAUUUUAAAUUAAAAUAAAAAAUAUUUUACAAUUUUAAAUAAAUUAAAAGUGGUCCCUUUAUGUCUAGCGAUGUGUGUUCAUUUCAAACUUUUGUAUUUAUAGAAGAGUUGGUUCAUGUGAUUUUUCAGUUGGAGUGCUUUAAAAAUGUCACGUGAUUUCCAGUAAAGAACAUAGGGACCAUCGAUGAUCACUGGUAAUUUUUUAAGGAACGAAUGUUCCUGUGUACGGGAAGGAUUUUGCGAUUGAGACAGCCAUUAAUAUGGCCGACUCCUUGAUUAGUGCCCUGACUGCUGAACAAGGGAGCUGAUUGAGACACAGCCUUUGAUUCUCAUUGACCUGUUGAUGAUUUCUUGCUCGAUUGAUAGUUUAGAUUGACUAUUUAUGUACGUGUGACACAAAACCCCAGGAUACAAGAGCGCUGUAUUUCCAGAAUGGAUUCAAUGGUCACAUUUUUCAAUUUUUCUUUUUAAAUGUAUAUGUUAAAUCAGCGUUUUUCGGUGUUUGUUCAGUUACAGACAUUAUGCUAACUGUCAGUGAUUAUGUUUUAUAGUGUCUGCCUAUGGAAUUGUGAUUGGUCGUUUCUUGCAUCUUUUCAUCUCCUAUAGUGGCAUUUACUGUAUCACAGUAUAUAUUGAUUCUUGGCAGACAUUUGAGCAAAGCUAAUAACCUAAGCUUACUUACACUACUUACACUUAAAACUAACCCUAUUUUGUGCCUUGCAAGCACUGGCAUUUCUUUUAGGUAAUUUAAACUUCUUAUUUUGUUGCUAUGGAGAAUUAUGGCUGUGGUUUUUCUCAGGACUUUAUAAUGUAUAGAGCAUUCUGAAAUUUCCUGCUUGUUUUUAAAACAAUUAAUUAAAAUGGUUUCUUUAUUACUUACUUUAGUCUACAGCUACAGGAAGUUUACAUGUAUAUAUUUUUUAGAUCAGCCAAUUGGAUUAUACUUUACUCACAAUCCCCUUGAAUAUGAUUUAUCCUGUUUUUCCUUCCUUGGGACUGAGGAUACUGUAUUUUUGGUCAUUUUUGUAAACUAAUGUUGAUAGGAAAUUAGAUGUCACUCUAGCUUUAAAUUAAUGAAAUCAGGACCUCUUGUUCCACAUACAAAUAAUGCAGAAAUUGCAAUGCAAGUUUUGAGGUUUGAAUUGAAUUUAGUUUAGGAACCACCUCUGAGAGAAAACCUUUGCACUUCCAAGGACCUUUAUCAGGCUAAAUGCCAUUUUAAAAUAAUGGCAAAUGACAUUGAAGAACACUGGUAUAAAACAGUUUUAUGUUGCACUUUUAGAUCACAACCCAUGUUUUUGUUCCUCCAUACCAAUUAUUUUCACACCCCAUGAACUUGUUUGCAUUUUUGUCAGUUUAAAUAUUGCAUAAACUUUUGACUUAGACCCAUUCCCUGAUAAUGACAAUCCAAGAUGCAAUGCUGUAAAGUCAUUUUUAAAACAUUUAGAAGAAUAGCCAAUUCCCAGUCAACACCUUGAGGUCAUGACCAGUUUUCUGUUUGUCAGUUUAUCUGCUUUACAAUCAAUUGCAACAAUAAAAUAUAAGUUAGAUAAACAAACACAGAAAUUGUCUUUCUUUUUAGAUAAAACAGAUUGCACUUAAAUUUUUAAGUUUAAUUGACUUUAAAUUGCAAUUCAUUUUAACUUUCUUGACUAGUGAGGAGUUGCUAUAAAUUAUAAAAAUAAAAUGAAUUUUUUUUACAGUGUAUUGAGGUUUUAUACAAUGAGUCUAAAUUUUUUGAGGUCAGCAGUUAUGUAACAGUGGAAAUCUAACAAGUGUAGCAGUAGAUUAAAUGGCAUUUAAAUCAGAAAAAAAUAUGCAUAUUCAACUUUCUGAUCCAGACCCCUGUUAAAUAUAAUGUCUAAUUGACAGUGUUGUGUGUUGCUUAUUCAUAUUUUUCUCAGUACUAAUAAAGAUGGGUUUGAAAAAUCCAUCGUAGUCAUAUUCACAAUUUGAUUUUUCAUGUUUAACUCUUUCACCGCCAGCAUUUUUAAAAAAAGUUGCCAGCCAGCACCAGCGUUUUUCAUGAUUUUCACCAAAGUUUAAUGCCUUCCAGAAAAUGUUCUUCUUUAAAUAUAUAAACAUACAAUAUACCAAAUGAAAGAACAGACCCUCUGCUUUCAAACAAAAAAAACCGUUUCAUCCUACCUUUAGUGGUUCUUUUGUAAUCAGCUUUUGAAUAUGGGUAGGUUUUUGCAAAAACACCAUAUUUUGAGCAAAAAACAGAGAUAAUUCCAUUUUUAUGACGGAUUUUUCAUAGAGAUCAUAUUCAGAGCGAUCUUUAAAACAGACACGGACAUGCAGCAGCUUGCCAUAGGGCAAUACUUCCGGUUUUAAAAAGUUGCGGAAGGGCGCCACCUGGUGGAUAAUAGCGGUAUUGCGGAAAGACGGAAAAUCUCGUCAUUGGCGGGGAAGCGUUUUCUCUUAAUUGACGAGAUAUCUCGUCAAUGGCGGGGAAAGAGUUAAAGACUUGAAUAUGGGCCACAGGAGGAUUUGACUUUUAUGGCCCUUUUGAGAUAGACCCCUUUGUUUCUCGUAGAAAACAAGUUUUGCAGUUUUCUUCAACAGUAUAGCAUUUGAUUUCACCGUACAUGUUUGUCCUUUUUAGCCAGUAACAAUGUGUAAGGAAACAGAUCUUUUAAUGCAAGCUGUUUUUUUUAAAGCGUCACAUUGCUUUGCUCCAAUCUGACUUACAGCAGCUACUGUAUGAUGUCUGUCAACCUGACGUAUUGACUGAAAAUAAUUUCUGAUUUGCCAUUUGUAAAAUGUUUCUAAAUCAAAAGCUUUUUUGGCAGAGUGCCUGGAGAUAAAAGAUUAAAAAGAAAAAUUUAUGUAAUUUGUCAGGGCUAUGAAGUGCAUAACCUGCAUAUCUAAGACGUGCAUUAUGGGUAAUAGAAAUGCUGGAGUCUUGUAAGAUGCUGAAGACUUCCGCCCGGCCUUUCACAGAGUGUUUCAUAAGACACACAGCCUUAUUUUAUAACAUACAUAUGCUUCAUCUUAUAAUACAUACCCUUCAUUUAACACUGUACACGCCCUUUAUGUAUGAACAUUUGUAUGAAUAUGUAUGUAUAUGGAACUCUUUGAUGGAUUGUGGUAUACGAAUAUCAUUUGAAAUGUUUUUCUUCUUGUGGGUUGUAUAGUUUAGCAUAGCUGUGGUAGCAUUUUCGUUCACUUGUGUUCAAGGAAUCAAAUCAGUGUGCUAUAUAUUCCUUUUGAACCCUUUUCAGAAAGAUUUACCUCUCUGCUGAGCAAAAACUAUUUUAAGGAGAGUCAUAAAAUACAUCCAAAGGGCUUUUCGUGUAACUAAGCAUUUUUUCCGGUUUGGUAGCUGUUUUUUAUGACGUGGUCAGCACAGAAAAUCGGCCUUGCGGUACAGAGACUCGAACAAAGGUUCCAGAUGGUGUUUAGUAAUUGUCGAUGUGUUCAACUAAAGUUAAUGAAGUGAGAAAAGCAAUCUCACCUACUUUCAUCUCGA